AUGGCUGAUCCUGACGCGCCCGGCCAGUCUAAGAGAGCUCGUUUGGGCCCCGGCAAUCUUGAUCAUCCGCAGUAUAACGGCCACGGAUUUCCACCCCCUCCUCCACCGCCUCAUACCCAACCCACUCGGCCUUCGUCUCAUCCCACUUUGGUCCAGGCGUCUCCGCCCUACGGUGCUCACGGCUUACCGGUUCCGUCUAACCAGUACACUCCUCACGUCCAAGGCUAUCCCGGACCGCUUCCUUCACCGUCCCUUCCGCCAUCUGAUAUUCGCGCCCUUGCGGACCCACGGAACAUACCCUCACCUCGUCAGCACUCCAAUGGCGUUACUGGAGCAUCUCCUGUGACGAUCCCCCAGGACAGAAUCUCUAGCUACCGCCCCCCACUCACACCUCAGACAACCACUGGACCUGAGCCACACAGUUCCCGGUCCACCAGCGUCAGUAUCAGUGUCGACGUAAAGUCCCAAAGUCAGACCCCCAUGGAGCAUGGCGGCCAUCACCAGCCGUGGGCAAUCAACCACGAGCAUCGCCCUAAUGGCAGCAUACCAAAUGGAUACAACCACAGCAUCAGCCCUGGAGCACAUCCCAAUGGACCGCCAUAUCAUCCCCAGCCGCCACCACCUGCCCAGCAGUACGCCCCUCCUGUCACCCCUUACGCGCAGACCCCGUACAUGAACGACUAUGGCACUGCACAGCAGAUACGGCGAAAGCAGGUGCGCGCCACCCAGGCCUGUAACCAUUGCCGUUCGCGGAAACAGAAAUGUGACGAAGCUCGGCCGUGCCAAUUCUGCAGAGAGAACAACUUCGACUGUCAGUACAAGGACGUCCCGCCACCCAAGCAAGACAGAAGCAUGAUGCAACUUCAAGAAAGUGUCAACAGCAUCUCCGAGGUUUUGUCGCAGUUUGUGGACCAGUUCAACGGCUGGAAAUCAAGUGUUGAGAGUAGGCUUCCACAAUCGCGGAAUCACGAGAUGAUGUCGAAUCACACUUCGCCAGAAGCCUCUUUCUCCGCACCCCCAAGAGAGCAUGGUACAUCCAGAUGGCCUACUCCUAUACAGGGAAGAGGACACAUGGGCCGUGUCAACAGCAACCUGAAAAUGGAGUCACCCAUCGCUCCCCACUCGAACAUGAUGUCGCCACUGGGUGCGCAAGCAUCAGCUUCCAUCAAGCAAGAAUCGCAAUUCGCGCCGCCUCCUCAACAACCGGCAACACCUGCCGAGAGUGUAAGAACCGACCGCAGCCAUGCUACUGAAACUAGUCCCAAGGAACAGACCGGCCUGCAAGGUGAUCACACUACACCAGCGCACAAGUUGCUGGACGAAUGGCAACAAAUGAGCAUCUUUUAUCAAGGUAUUCCGUACCUGAGAAGGCUUAUAGACAACGGCCGUGAAGUCUCAGAUUACCCAAUGCAGCUUGAGCAGGAUCGCGGACUGUUGCGUGUCUGGGGUGUUGGCGAGGGCCAAGACCUAAAUGACGGAGCGCAAGGACCUGGAAGCCCGGAAAGCAGUAACGAUUCAGAAGCCCCUUCACCAGCGCCUGGCAAAGAAGGACUUUGGGGCUACCCAUUUUCCGAAGCCGAGAAUGGAACACGAACACCGGGCAGCACACCUCGAGAAUAUUUCCCGCAGCAGCAGCAACGGCAGGAGAACGGGCUUGGCGCAGAUGGUCGGCCCGACUUUCGACGCCAUGUCAUGUUUGACCUGCUCAGGUCCUACAUGGAGACCAUGCAUAUUUUCCAUCCUUUCAUGAACGAGAACAAACUGAGACGUAUGUUCAAGGAUUUCAGUGACCAAUAUAGUCCUGACGCGAAGCCUCUGAACGCCCACUCUCCUGCUCCCGUUCACGGAGUGAAGCGAAAGCGUUCGGCUAGCAACCUCGAUGGACUUGCAUCAGGUCGUGGUGAGAUUGAACGGUCGUUGCGCAACGCGAUUGUAUUGCUCGUUCUUGCCCUUGGUAAAGUCUGCUCGCAUACAGAGCCAUUGCCUGCGCCGCAAAAUGAUCGACACCCUUUCAACAGCGUAAACAGCGAGACUUCCGACGAAACACGCCCGAGGAACAUCGAUCUACUACCUGGUAUGGCCUAUUAUGCAUAUGCCACAGACAUUCUUGGAAACCAACAAGGAGGCAACACGGUCGCGCAUGCGCAAGCUAUGCUGCUAGCUGCGCUGUUCCUCAGUCAAUAUGCACGAGUAUUGGAGAGUUGGAGCUGGAUUAACAACGCCUGUCGGAUCGCCCUGGUCCUCAUCAAAGCCGACUACACCAAGCUGCUCCGUGUGAACAGUGAUAGAAGGCAUACCUGGAGUUCCAAGGAGCGGUACAGACUCAAUCUUGUGAUGUGCGUCUACUGGACAGCUCUGCAGCUGGAAUCUGAUAUUCUAGCAGAGAUGAGCACUUUACCGCCUUCCGGCAUCUCUGCACAUCAAAGCGAGAUUAUGUACCCCGAAGGCGUCAACGAGAACUGGUCUCAAGACCAAGACAGCAAUUUUGUGCAACAAGAUGUCGAAGUACGCGCAGGUCCUAGGCAAGACUUGAUGAUGAAGCUGUACUCCACGCAGACUUUCCUACGAGUUGUCCUCAACGUAGCGCACAACGCCUUGUAUGGCCCCAGUGGCCGUAUGAGCUUCGACCCUACCAGCUUCAAGGAAGUUGCCCACCACGCACUUACCCACAAGGAGAUACUCGAGGGCUGGCGGAAGCUACUAACACCGGAACUGGCAUGGUCGGAUGACGAAUACCCUUCGACAGAUCUCAACAUUGCUCGUGUACGCGCCAAAUACUAUGGUGGUCUAUACAUGAUGUUGCGACCUUACCUCAAGCUUGCGAGCCACACGCUAGAGUUCCCACCUCCGCCUCCCGGCACAACUGGCGCUACACAGCAUAACCCGCCCUCGCCUUUCGGAAAUGCGGCCUCCAAUAGAAAUGUGCAGAUGGUUGAUCUAAGCGAAGACCAGCACAAGAUUAUCAAGAUCGCCUGCCAAUGUAUCAACGCCGCUAUCAGGAGUACCAUCGCGUUCGAUCGUGUAGGCGAAGAGCCUGGCAGCCAAUACCAUUACUUCCAGCCUACGCGCAAGAAGAGGCUUAUAGUAACCAACAUCUUUGGUACACUUCAUGCACAAUUCGGAAACAUGCUCGUCCUAGCCUCUGUGUACAAGUCCAAAUUGUACCCCCUCCUACCCAGCGACACCUGGCUCACCAAGGCCAAUCUCGCCGCCUUAUUCAAACGUACCAUCGCGGUCAUUAGCGACGUAGCGCAAAACUCGCCCAUUCUACGCAUGGAUCUUGAGAUUCUCAAGAACGUCCAGAAACAACAAGGACUCGAAUGA